AUGGACCUCGACGCCGACAUCGACCCCAGCCUCACCGCGACGCUCGACGACGACGACGACCCCGUGACGGCCACGUACCAGGUCUUCAUCAACCCGUCGCUGCCGCUCGGCCGCCGGCUGCUCGUGCUGCAGCACCCCAACCGCACCGACGACGCGCCGCGCCCGCCGCCCACGGAGCUGCGCGUCAAGGCCAACGCCGGCAUGGUCGAGGUCGACAUGCCGCUCGACAACAGCGCCGCCUACGACCGCGAGAAGGGCCUCAAGUGGGGGCGCACCCUGCACACCUCCAUGGCCGCCAAGAACGGCGGCAGCCACGGCCUGGCUGGCGGCUUCGGCUUCGGCACCGUCCAGCGCGGCGCCGGCGGCCGGAAGAAGGCUGAGGGUGAGGAUGACGACGUGCUGGAUUGGACCGAGGCCGUGAGGCAGGACAAGGUCCUCCGCACCCAGACGCUCGGUGGCCAGUACCCAGACUAUAAGGAAGUCCAGCACAUGGUCGGCGUCUUCCAGGGCAAGGACCUCCAUCUCACCCCCGUCUCCUCCCUCGUCCACCUCCGUCCCCAGCUCCACCACAUCGACGCGGCCGCCCAACUCGAACGCCAGGCCGCCGCCUCCGCCUCGAAGGAAGCCGCCCCGACAACGGGUGCCGGCGCCGCGAGAGCAAUCCACAUGACGGUCAAGGCCACCGGCGACGGCGACGGCGUCACCACCGAGACCAUGGCCGACCGCCUGCGCGCCGUGCAGUCGGAGCACUGGCGCACCCUGCGCUACACCGACGAGAACGAGGAGGCCGCUUGGGAGGUGUACAACGAGAGCCUGUUCUUGCGGCCCGCGCAGGAGGGCGAUGCCGAGAACGAGGAUGCCGCCGGCGAGGACGAGCGGCCGCUCGACGAGGCCGUGCCGCACUUUGGCGCUCGGUGGACCGACAAGCAGCUGCUCGAAGCCGUCAGCGGUAUCGAGAAGCCAGAUCCGGUGCCCGUUGUCAAGGAGGAGCCCAAGCCCAUCCAGCCCGCGCCGGUGCAGCCGGUACAGCCGGAGCCAGCCCCGGAGGAGGCCCGCAAGCCGAAACUUCGGCCACGAGGUGGAGCCGCAGCCGGCCCGUCACGGAGAGGCGGUAGGACACGAGGUGCAAGCUCUUAG